CCAGAAACGCCGAAACCAUGUUUCACGGUCGUCCCAGUGUUCUCAUGAUCAGCGGUACCGGAAUUCGAUAAUUCUAUUUUUGCGUUUCGAUCAAUAACAGUCGCUGGAAACGUCGACGACGACGACGUUUCCCUUCGGUUUGACUUCGUUACGGUCUGGCAAGUUUAACCGAAGCUCGUCCGGCGGGGAGAGAGGGAUCGAUUCACUGUUGCAUCGAUAGUCAUUCAGGCUAACCGCGGCAGCACGGCUGUGGGAAGGGUCGGUCGGUAAAAAUAGGAAAGCCCGUUAAAAAUAUCAUCUUCCGUCGAAGUUUCUCCGAGAAAAACUGAUCUCAAGCGGGGAAACAAUGAAAAGUCGGAAGAAAAUACGCUUAUCCCGCAACUUCGCCGUCGCGUCGCGUGAUCCGCACUCGGGGCUGAUAACUUCUCGCGCAAAUGCGACGGGAAUAAAUAGAUCGAGCGGUGUCAACGUCGAGACGGGAUCUCGUCGAAAAAGUCGCUCCGUUAUCUAUAUUACGGAGCCGGUCCAGUUCAUCGGGGAAUCGGUGAUAGUGGAAAAAUGCUUGGAAGACGGGAGGGCGAGAGGCGUGAUAAGCAUAAAGCACGGGGUCUUGGGGACAGAACGCGAAUUUAGUCGUGAGCCUUCGUUAGCGGCCAAUAACAACGCUCGUCCUUUCACGCCGGGAAUUCGUAUCUCGCGCAAGGUUGGUCAACUGUCUCCCCACCGGUCUGUUUUCGCGAAAGUCAGCGUAGUAUCCUGUUCAGCCGCAACGUGACCAGGGAAACUCGACCGACGUUUCAUCUGGGAGUGCUUUCAACCCUUUUUGUGCCGGUAAUCGUUGGAACGGUUCGCUUGGGAAACCUGAAAUCAAUUGAACCUGUCUCUCGCGCUUGGUGUCUUUCAUCGGCUAACUUUGCAACAGUGUUUAAAACUCGAGCGUUGACGUGCUUGAAAUUGAAAAGACCGUUGGAGUUUAAAUUCGAAUCGCGGGCGCGACACUGUCCGGGUUUAAACCAGUUUAAUAGACACCGGCGCAUAUUGCGACUAAGACGAUAAGCCCGCGAGCAAACGGAGAUGUUGUCUUGCUACGUGACCGCGAUGCAAUGCGAGUGGAUGGAGAACCGUGGACGUUACAGAUCGGAUUCGCGGCUCAGAGCUAUCGCCAGCGGGAACAACGUGAACGUCGAGGGAGCCACCCACAAGCAGGUGGUCGACUUGAUCAAGUCCGGGGGCGACGUUCUGACGUUGACCGUCAUCUCCGUGACGCCGCAGGAGGCGGAGAGAUUGGAGCCUUUUGAAGAUCUGAGUUACGCGUCAGUGGACUACAGCGAGAAAAGGUCGCUACCUAUCAGCGUGCCAGAUUACCACGUACGCGAAAGGAAACACGAGCGUUACGUGGUGUUCAACGUUCACAUGGCGGGCAGACAUUUGUGCUCCCGGCGUUACCGAGAGUUCGCUGCUCUACACGUGGCGCUCAAGAAAGAGUUCAUUGGCUUCAACUUCCCGAAACUACCCGGGAAAUGGCCAUUCCAAUUAAGCGAACAACAGCUAGACGCGAGGAGACGGGGCUUGGAACAGUACCUAGAAAAGGUGUGCGCCGUUCGAGUGAUCGCCGAAAGCGACGCUAUGCAGGACUUCCUGACCGACAGACUCGAAGAGGAUGGCGAUCAGGGGCCAGCUGUGGAUCUGAAAGUAUUAUUACCGGACCGCGAGGUCGUCACCGUCACCGUCGCGAAAGCUGCUUCCGUGAAGGACGUGUACGACGCGGUUUGCAGUCGAGUCGGCUUGGACGCGGAGACGGCGAAAUACUUCUAUCUCUUCGAGAUCGUCGAGUAUAAUUUCGAACGGAAGCUGCAACCCCACGAGCAUCCCCACACUUUGUACAUUCAAAACUACUCGACCGCCAGCGCGACGUGUCUCGCGAUACGGAGGUGGCUUUUCAAUGUGAACCGGCCGCUCGGCGAGCAGGCGCUAACCUGGAUCUUCUGGCAGACCAUCGACGAGGUGAACAGGGGCCAUAUUACGGCCGGCGAACGGCUGUAUCAGUUGAAGGCUCUGCAAGACGCGUCGAGAAAGCACGAAUACCUGAAGCUGGCGAAAGAACUGAGCGGUUACGGCGAUAUCGUGUUCCCUCACUGUACGUGCGACUCCAGGAAGGAAGGGCACGUGGUUGCCGCGGUGGGAGCAGGAGCUUUCAAGUUGCACGCGGCAAAGGAAGACGGCACUUUGGAGUCGCAGGUUGUCGAGUUCCAAUGGAACACCAUCACCCGGUGGGAGAUAGACGAGGAAGGAAUGGCGUUCUGUUUCCAGUACACGCGCCAGGAUAAUCGUCCACCUCGUUGGCUCAAGGUCUUCACACCUUAUUACACGUUCCUGUCCGAUUGCUUCGAUCGAAUAGCCGAGGAGGCGAAGUGGGACGACCCGGGCGAAUGACGUAACGUCCGCCGUUAAGGACCCGUUUGGUGCAUAAUACGUACGCGAGGGAGGGAUGCCGUGCCGUUUCAUCGAUGGUUUCACUUGUCUGUCUUUUGUAGCCAGAUGUCACUUCGAUUAGGAUUACUUUUUUAAGGCGAACCCCGGAAAAGACGAGUAAGACACCACCCAAGAAUCAUAUCAGACUCUUGUUUCGUCAGCUUCGCAACGUGUCUCGUGAUUCGUUCGAGACGGUGCAUCGUUCGUUACACGUAUUCUAAAAGGCAACACUUAACACACACACACACACACACAAAAGAACACAUACGCACUUACACGUACACAUACGAACAUGAACACGAAAGAAACAAAUUGUACUGUAAAGGUAACAAUUUUCUUUUCUAAGGACACACAAGAGAAUAGCGACACACUGAUUACCAGCCACAAGCAACAAUGUCAUCUCGUAUACCUAGCUGAUAAACACAUCUACCGCAUAGAAGAAGAUCCAUGGUAUUAACGAUCUAGUUUGACGUUGAACGAGGGAGAAAAGACAUAAGAGAAUUACGUUAUAGUAUCCAGGGUAAGGGGGUUGGCGGUAUCGUGCUGAAGGAUCAGCCUAUAGACGACUCUAACCUUUGGCCUAUCGCUCGUUACUAUCGUGUUAGCGUGUGAUUCAUGUCCCGUGCUACGGGAAACCAUGAAUCUCACGGGACGUUCCUCUCUACUAGCCUAAUGUAUAGGUACCGCAAAGCCAACCGUUUGGUUCGUCGAGUCCGCGCGAGCGAGAAAGGGAGCCAGCUCACAGGCGACAAGUAUUAACGCGAUGUGGUUAUAGUUUAAGGCCGUGUUUGCUUUUCCGUUCCGCACCGAUCCAGCGCGAAUCUAAUUAUCCGUUCGAGACGCGACCUCGUUCCUCGUUCGUUGUCUUCGUCCAGGCGUACGGGACGCGCGCACCGUCCUGCCGCGCGAGCUGCGUUACACAGGGACUCGAAGAACACCGCGGAUUUACUUUCCUCCGGAGCUAUAUAUUUUUACUAUUACACAGCGCCAGAGACGAUAGGGGAUGUAGGAAUCGUAUGCACUCCGGUUGUAAAACCGCGACGAAGCGGUAUAUUCCAUUCGCAACAACUCGAGGACCUUCGGAACCUCUAGCUGCGCUUGGUCGCGAGACCUUAACGAGCAGAAAGGAUCAACCAACCGAUGAAGAAAAGAUUCCGCUGAUAGGAAGAUCGCGCCAGGAUCCUACGCGCACUUUACGGUGGAAAGUUGAUGAAGAGGCACCAGUAUGAACGCCAUAACGAAGAAAGAAGUAAUAAAUAAUAAUACUCAGUGACACUGUUAGGGGAUGAUACCGAUAAUAAGAAAACGAAAAAUGAAGAUAUGAAUAUAUGAAUAAUUUUAGUGUCUUUAAUAUCAGUGAGAGUAACUGAUGGACUUUUAAAGUAUCUCGGCCUGCUCGUCGUGGUUCACGGGUCGAACGGCGAAUCCUUCGGAGCAUGACCAUUCUCUUCCCAGCCAACGUUCACGAACGAUGAUGGUUUCCGUUUGCUCACUUCCGGUGUUACUUUUCGAACCGUGGCCGGGAAAACCCGCGUGCCACCGACAGUCGUCGCUCGCUCCGGACGAUUCGCGAGCCGGCCGGCAACGAGAGAGAGAAGAAGAAGCCUCGGCAGAUAAUAAUUCUAGAGGAUAGAUGUAUAACUAAUCGUUAAUGUUUUUAAACUUUAUUCGGGAUGAGUCCGUGCGUGAGCUGUAUAAACACUUGAAGGGUGUCGGGUGCCGAAUGAAAAUUGUAACGAUGUUAUAAGUAGAGUAUUAUCGGGGGUGCGUUGCGCGGCGGACAGGCUGUAGAGAGUCGUUCCUCGCGCGGACAGCGAUACCUGGACGAGCCAGGGUUAAUUGGACGCGUCGAUUAACGUCGCCGUGAUCGGUCGAUCGGUCGAACGAGGAACGCGCGCGGUGCACGACCCUCGAUUCUUGUUCUGUGAAUAAUUCUACGGUGGGAACUGUGCAAAAGCGACGCUGCGAACUGUUGUUAACGACUGCGCGCGGCUAUUGUUGAUCUUUACGCUAGCGUCAAGCGUAUACGAACUUGUUCCAUCGGUAACAUCAUUUUUGGACGCUAACUUUUCCCGCGGAAUAUUGAUAACUGCAUUUAUUUUUCGUUUUGUGUUAUUAGUUUCCGCGAGGCGAGAACAGAAUCCUUUGAAGAACGUUCGAUUUCGUUGGUUGAAGAGUUGACUUCGAGUUUGAACGGUAUAAGAAGUAUAUAUCGAUACUUGCGAAUGCGGAAGUUACCGUCGAAGAAUGAUGGUGUUCAUGGGAUGAUCUGAUACGAACGUGCCGCGGUAACGUUUAGGCCCUCGGCAAGAGGCAGGGAGAAGCAGCCGUAAGAUUUUCAUGACUUUUUGUGAUGUAUUAUUCCAUUAAUCGAUGAAGUAAUUACAUAAUUAAUGAGAGAGCGCACGCGUUUUCCUGGGUUUGGGGAAAGCGAGCUAGGAGUCAACGCUAGGGAGCGGUCUCGGAACAUAUUUGCAGCAAUAAUAUUUUUUGGCGAAGUUGUCGAACGUGUUGCGCCGAGUGUGUUAAUUAGGUAUCGUCGAUAGCGUAAGAAUAUUUUGCCGGGAUGGUGGAGGAUUCGCGUGAAUCGCGGUGGCGAUUUAAAUACGUCCAAGUUAUUACUUGAUUCGAUGAAGUUUUGACAGCGAGGGGUGAGAAAGAGAGAGAGAGAGAGAGAGAGAGAGAGAGAGAGAGUGUGUGAGUCUCGAGAAAUUUUAUCGGCGUUCAUUGUUCCGCGUGUAUUUAUUUGUGACGUGUAUAUUUAUUGCGAUCGCAAAAAUCAGCCGGUCGAUUUUCAUCCAACGCGACGCGCGUGAUAUCGUUGAUUAUUUAUUGUCGUCCAAUAGUAUUUUUGUAACGAGCGUAGCAAAAGCAGUAAUGACGGUCGCGUCAUCCGCGGCGUGCACGCAAAUCGAAGGAAGGGCUGCCGGGAGAACAUUGCGGCAGCCCUUCGAUGAAUUUUCCAAGCGAUCGAGCGGUUGGAUGGAUUAAUUAUUAAUUACUUCAUUAAUUAACCACGCUAUAAACAAGUCUGUCGGGAGUUGGACGACGAAGUUAGGUAGUAUAAUUUAAUUAUUGUUACAGUAAGACCAUAUCAUUACAGUUAAACUCCUUAGACGUUAAUUAAAACUAUUAUGUAUAAUCGUAGCCCGUAAUAACGAAAUGCUCCAAUUCAUCAACUUAUAUCAGUUUCGCGACCGCGAUCCGGCUGCGAAACUGGUAUUCCGGAUUAGCGACGGUACUGUUCGAUUUGUUUUGCGAAUCAUCUUAUUCAGAGUCGGGAAGAAAUAAAAAGAAAUGCAGAGAACAUGA